UCAGCCACAUGGAAUAUGAAGUAGAAGAAAUGUAAACACGGUGUUUGCAUAACGCAAAGAAAACGAGCCAGCAACGAUGGCAACAAUAAAGUACAUCGGCCGCACAACGGAUUUCCGAGGCAAAACGUUAUGGGAAAUCGUAGGAAACCUUAAAAACUUUGGCGUUGGACGUGUCGUCGUGAGAAGCAUGUUCGAACGCUACCCAGAGCCAAGCUUCAUGAAAAUAGUGAAAGUCGAAGCACUACCGCAUGAGGAACCCGCUCGAAAGGUACGUGUCACGGUGGAGAAAACUUUCCGUGGUCAAAAAAGUCCCAACUUGGUCCAGAUUGAAAGUGUUUCGUACAAAGCCGAUUACCGGUUGCUGUCAAAAUACGAAGAAGCAUCGUACUGCAAGCUGACCGACCGGCAAGAAAAGAUAUUCCCACGGGAAAUAGAUCUACCGCCACUGUUCAAAGAAUUUAUUGCCCGGGAGACUGGUAAACCUGCCCCGAAUAUUCCGAUCAAGCUAAAAGUCGGCCGUGAAAGCAGAUAUCGCGUAGCAAACGAAGGCGAAAAGCCAACAGUUGAAGUGACGAUGAGCAUUGGUAAACCGGCGAGCCCUAGCUUGUAUGCUAACUGUGAACUAUAAGGUGUGUGCGUUAAAAAUAUAGUUGAUAAAAAAGUAUAUAA